AACGCAAGCUCUUGCCGCCGAACUUCCGCACCCAGUCGCGAGACCAAGCCGCGCUACAGACGCACGCACAGCCUCGUCCGCCCUCUCGCCGUCCUCGCCUCGGCCUCGUCGUCCUCCCACCUUGUUCGCCUGGCUCAAGAUGCUCAAGGCAAAGGCCAAGGCCGCCGCGACCGCCGCCGCACAGAAGCGCAAGGCCGCCGCAGCAGCAGCAGCAGCACAAGAAGCUGCCGCCGCACAAGCUGCCGCUCAGGCUGCGGGCCCGAGUGCAGCUAGCGCACGGGGAGGGCGGGGUGCGGUUCGCGGGGUCACUCAGUACUGGGCCGACUCGGGCGCCGCACGACUCGCCCCGGGCGGCUCGAUCCAGCGGAUAGGGUACGACGCCGGCGCGUUUGACGAGGCGUUCCGGGUCGUGUGCGGCGGCGACGCGCCGGGCGACGAGGGGCAGCGGGUCGAGGGCGCCGUCGGGGUCAUCCCGGCCGGCCCAGGUGCAGGUGCGGGUGCGGGUGCGGGCGAGGCGCAGGACGGCGCAGAGGGCAAGGAGCUCGUCGGGGGCAAGGAGAAGGAGGGUGGCGAGGGGUACAAGACGAACAAGGAGGACCUGGCUGUCAUUCUCGACAACCUCGACGUGCCCUCUGCGCUCGCGUCCCACACGCUGCGCGCGCACCAGGGCGACCUCGCGGCGACGCUCACCGACUUGGCGGCACCGAGGGCACCUGCAGCAGCCGGCUCGGCGUAGAUGGACGAGCUCGCCUGUCGAGGUCGGGCGAGAACGAGGAGCACGGGCGGACGUAUUCGAGGGAACGAGGAGGGAGGAGCAGCUCGCAACUUGCAGUAUCUCGCUAUCGAUUUCUUGCGUCUG